AACUGCUCAACCUUUAUACAAGAAGAAAUGUUUUAUUAAAAGUAAGUUAAAAGGAUUGCAAAGUUUGAAUGUAAGAAAAUUGGCGGUAAAAAUAGGGAUCAAACUAACAUCUAGUAACUUUCGUGUUUAAUAUGUAUAGUUUUUAAAGCGAAGACUAUGUACACGGUGCAAAUGCAUGUAACUUUCGAGGUUAAGUUAGUGUUUUGAUAAUCAGUUUACACACAAUCAAUAAUUAAAAGUAAGAUAUGACAACUUAUAUAUCAUGUGCUUGCAAUCAAGUUCCACAUUCAGCUGAUUGGGGAAAAAAUGGAUUGAUUUGUUUUGCAGCAUGUCAUGCAGUUGCAAUUUAUGAUCCAUAUAUUUCAAAAAUUGGUAAAGUAACAAACACACUUCAUCGACACAAAGAUCGUAUUAAUACUGUACGAUGGAUCAGACGAAAAAAUUUAAAAGCCGAAAGAGAACUACUGUCAAGCUCAGUAGAUGGAACAGCUAUUAUUUGGAGCAAAAGAAAUGAACUCUUUAUAUGUAGCUCUAUUAUAGAAGUUGGUGAUAUCAUCACAUUUAGUAACUCAUUAUAUAUUUCUGAUCACGAUUUUAUAAAUGAUGAAAUAUUGUUUAAAUUAUUAAUAUGUACUGGAUCAAUUAAGGGUGAUUUAAAAAUAUGGUUGAGAGAUAUUGAUGGUAAUAUAAAAUGUUUAGAGACACUUACAUUUGGUAGAAAACUACCAAUAGAAGCUUGUUUUUCUUUCUUGCCAAAUACAGAUUUACCAUUUUUGGCUAUUGCAACAGAAAAUUCAACAAUUGAAUUAUAUGUAACUAAUUCUAAUGUUGUAGAAAAAUUACAUUUUAUAAAAGUUCAAACUUUAAUUGGUCAUGAAGAUUGGAUACGAUGUAUGGACUUUAAUUGCAAUAUAGAUAAUAGUAUCUUACUUGCAAGUGGAUCUCAAGACGCCAUGAUACGAUUAUGGAAAAUUUCUGCAUAUAAUAUAGAAUUCUCAAAUGAUGAAUUACAUCAAAAGCAACAAAUGUUUAUGGUUAAUGGCACAAAGUAUAAUAUUACUUUAGAAUCUGUUCUUUGUGGCCAUGAAGGUUGGAUUUAUGGUGUACACUGGUUACAAUUGAAUAAUAAGGAUAGAAUUUUAAGAUUACUAUCUUGCUCAUUAGAUAAAUCUAUGAUUAUAUGGGAACCAGAUAAAGUAACUGGAAUUUGGUUAGAAAAAGUAAGAGUAGGUGAAGUUGGCGGUAAUUCAAUGGGCUUUUAUGGUUGUAAAUUUAGUGAUAAUGGAUUAAAUAUAUUAGCACAUGGUUACCAAGGAUCAUUUCAUAUUUGGGAAUACUCAAACAGCAUAAAAAAUUGGAUUCCUAAAUCUGUACCAAGUGGUCACUUUGCUGAAGUGGUUGAUCUUUGCUGGGAUCCAAAUGGAAGGUUUCUCAUUACUGCAAGUAUAGAUCAAACAACAAGAAUCCAUGCACCUUGGAAAAAUGAAAUAGAAUUUUGGCAUGAAGUUGGACGACCACAAAUCCAUGGAUAUAAUAUGUCUUGUUUAGUUAUGUUGACUCCAUAUAUGUUUGCUUCAGGAGCAGAAGAAAAAGUUAUUCGUAUAUUUACAGCACCAGCAACAUUUAAGAACUGUUUAAUAAAAAUUGCCAAUGUUGAUGAUUUUAAAGAUGUGGUACCUGACAGUGCAUCUGUACCUGCUCUUGGAUUAACAAAUAAAGCAAUAUUUAAUAAUAUAAAAAUUGAAAAUAUUGAAACUAGUGACUUUAAAGAUGAGGAUUAUAUUCCUCCUAUGGAAGAAGAGUUAAUGCAAAAUACACUAUGGCCAGAAUUACAAAAACUUUAUGGUCAUGGAUAUGAAAUAUUCUCUAUAACUGCCAGACAUGAUGGGUCAUUAUUGGCAACUGCGUGUAAAUCAACAUCUCCUGAACAUUCUGCAAUAUUAUUAUGGAGUACAAAUUCAUGGACUCAAGUUCAAAAACUUCUAUCUCAUCAAUUAACAGUAACACAAAUGGAAUUUUCACCCAAUGACAAAUAUCUACUAUCUGUUUCUAGAGAUAGAAGAUGGUCAUUAUUUGAAUAUAAAGAUAACAUGUACAUCUUAAUUGCAAUUAGUCUAAAAAAGGAUAAUCUCCACACACGUAUAAUAUGGUGUUGUUCAUGGACAUAUGAUUCAUCUUUCUUUGCAACUGGUUCCAGGGAUGGAAAAAUUGGAAUUUGGAAUCCAAACUUUACAAAUGAUAAAAUUGUUCCAGCUACAAGUUUGGAUGUAAAAAAUUCUGUUACAGCACUUGCAUUUUCAUUACAAAGUAUUUCUCAGUGUUCAUAUAUUUUAGCAAUAGGAUUUGAAACUGGAUAUAUAGAAAUACAUAAAUUGAAAAUGCUUUUUAAUAAUUUUGAAUGGGAAAAAUAUAUAGUAUAUGAUUCUUCUCAAGCACAUCAUUUAACUGUUAAAAGGCUUAAAUUUCGGCCACAUAAAAGAUAUUUUAAUAAUUUGCAACUAGCAAGCUGUGGAUCUGAUCAUACUGUUAAAAUAUAUAAUAUAAAU